AUGUUGAAGCUCAAAAUGUAUCUUUAUAUUUACCUCUUCGCGUUGAUCAUACCUGGCCCAGCGGACCUUAACGAAAGCAACCAGGCCAACGAGGACAUGGAGAAAGAGGGACUGUGCAACGCGUGCACCUGGAGGCAAAGUACGAAAUCGUCCAGAAUAGAAGCGAUAAAGAUCCAGAUCCUCAGCAAACUGCGCCUGGAGCAAGCGCCCAACAUCAGCCGGGAUGCUAUAAGGCAACUUCUCCCCAAAGCCCCUCCGCUCCAAGAGCUGAUAGAUCAAUACGACGUCCAGCGAGACGACAGCAGUGACGGAUCAUUGGAAGACGACGACUAUCACGCUACAACUGAAACGAUUAUUACAAUGCCCACGGAAUCUGACUUUCCUAUGCCAGUGGAAGGAAAACCCAGGUGUUGCUUUUUUAAAUUUAGCUCUAAAAUACAGUAUAACAAAGUAGUGAAGGCCCAGUUAUGGAUAUACUUAAGACAAGUCCAGAGGCCGACGACGGUAUUUGUGCAGAUCCUGAGGCUCAUCCGACCGAUGAAAGACGGGACAACCUCUACUGCAAUUCGAUCUUUAAAACUUGAUAUGAACCCGGGCACCGGCAUUUGGCAGAGUAUCGAUGUGAAGAGUGUGUUGCAGAACUGGCUCAAACAACCUGAAUCCAACUUGGGCAUUGAAAUCAAAGCGUUGGAUGAAAAAGGGCGAGAUCUGGCAGUAACUUAUCCAGGACCAGGGGAAGAGGGCUUGAAUCCAUUUCUAGAGGUCAGGAUUACAGACACGCCGAAAAGAACUCGUAGAGAUUUCGGCCUCGACUGUGACGAGCACUCGACAGAAUCGCGAUGUUGCCGCUACCCCCUGACUGUGGAUUUCGAAGCUUUCGGAUGGGAUUGGAUCAUUGCUCCUAAAAGAUACAAGGCGAACUACUGCUCCGGGGAAUGCGAAUUCGUAUUUUUGCAGAAAUAUCCACACACCCACCUGGUCCACCAAGCGAAUCCGAGAGGCUCGGCCGGACCUUGCUGCACACCGACUAAGAUGUCCCCCAUUAAUAUGCUUUACUUCAAUGGAAAAGAACAGAUCAUAUACGGAAAGAUACCAGCCAUGGUAGUAGACCGUUGCGGGUGCUCAUGAGAUCUUCAAUAGGCUUGCUGCUUCAUAAAAUGUGGAAUCUACCAAAAUUACCCUUCAGCAAUUUUUAUUUGAGACUGUGAAUUUUGUACUCUAGGCCUACCUCUAACAGGCUAUACAAAAGGCUAUUAGAAAAUUUCCUCCAAGACAAGCUACAGUAUGUGAACUGCAAGACAUUUGUGUACGUGAGAGCUGGUUUCAGCCAGUGAAAAAGAUAAGCUACAAUCAAUCGCACAGGAUUUCACAAUGAAUUUCUUAUUCUGGAAAGGGAUUAUGUUUUCAUUUUAUGCAACCACGUAGUCAUACACAGUUUCAACAGAUAGAAAUAGAGAAAAGCAACUCCGUGUAUUCCAGAGAAUGAAAAGGAGCAAGCGAUAAAAUGUAGUCUAAACAGGUUUAGUUUACUGUUGUAUUUGCGUUAGAGGAUAUAUUGGUAACGUAUCAGGUGCCGCCACAUUAUCCUCAGACACUUGAACUGAGUUUAGAUGAUUAAAAACUGAUAAGAUGAAAUUCCACAAAACGUUGACAAAUCCACAAAUCCGCACAGGUACAUUGUAUGCCUAUUAUUUCCAUUCCUUUUAUAAUUAGUGCAUUCAUUACUUACUGCCAAUGGUGCUAUCA